UGCUAUGUUUACACAUUGCAGUAGGCUGUUAUUUCAUCUCCAAGGUUACUGACAACACCAAGGAGUGUGAAGCAUUGAUGAAUAUUUGACUACCGCUGAGGAGACAAACACAAGCACUGAAUGCUGUUAUUUCAUCCUGGGACAAAGGCACUGAAAUCAGUAACUUCACUACAGUCAGAAGGACAGAGACAAAGAUGACGUCCAGCUUUUCCUAUGCCACUGCUGCUACAUUAGAGCAUGAGCCGCUGUGUGUCCUGAAUGACCAUAGGAAACAAGAGGGCUGUUCACAGCCUGUUAGUGAUCAACCCACCUAUUGUAUCAGAGCUGCAGGAGUUCUGAGGUACAACCGGGAGUCCGACAACCAGAGGAUAAACUUCACAACCGUUCUUCCAGCGCCUCCAGCUUUGGCAGAAUGUGCAGUGAAAUGUGAGUACUGUGGGGAAAAGGCCAGACCUUCACUCGGUCUGACAUGGCUGCAGGAGCCUGAGACAACUCCACUCUUCUGUUGUGCCCAAUGGCAGCAGCUGUGUGUGAUGCUGGUGAGACAGAGAUGUUUGUUUGAGGGGAGAUGUGACCUGAAAACUGGUACUCCAACAUCACUGGAAGACAAGCCAUCCUCAGGGCUGGAGGAGCUGCUCUUCAAAGGCAGGGAGAUGCAGAAGCACAACAAGUUUAUGAUGGAUUUACCUGGUGGACUAGGAACACAAUCAGAACUGAGAAUCCAUGAGGAUUACUCAGUCCAUCUACCUGUGGCAGAAACCUUUGCCCCAACAUCAAAGGUCCUCAGCUUUCGGCUCUCUUGUGCUCCAGGAAAGGGGUCCCUGACAAUGUAUCCUAAUAGGACAACUGAGAAUUGCUUUGAAAACGAAGGGGAAGAGGCUCAAGCAUUGGUCCGAUUUUGUGACCACAAGCCACUUCAGUUUGGCAUAUGUCGUCAUCAGGAUGGGGCAGAAUUUCUUCACAAAUAUUAUUCCAAUGGAAUGAAAUUUCUUACCUCAUUUCAUGAUGGCUCAGCUCAGGUCUUUUACCCCUCAGGCAUCUUGGCUCUGGUUGUCGUGGUCACUAAAGAAAAUGGAAGGGUCUGCAUUGUGUAUGAUGACAGCGAUACCCCCAAUCAACCGAUUAGAGCUGUGUUCCAGUCCGACGGCAGGGCGGCAUGUUAUCACAGCAAUGGAAACAUAUGGCUGUCCUUAAACAGAUCAGGUGGUCAGUGUUUGGAUGAAGCAGGUGCCAGAGUUCGUCGGUGGAGCUGGAGCAGUGUGAGCCUCACUCCCACCCCCCUGCAUCCUGUCUUCCUGUCCCUCAACAAAACUGUCGGGGUCAGAGUCCUUGGAAAGGAACAAGUGUUUGUGUCGUUCCUCGCACAAGGCCAGCAAGCAAAGUUCAGUGUGGGUACCUGCUGUGCUCAGGGUGAAUCUAAAACAGAUGGGGCUGCUCCAGGACCAUCAGUAAUGAAGGAGGAACUGUUUGUGUUGGCGGCCAGGACUAGGAUCCACCUGGUCAUUCAGCAUCUUCACCAGUACCUGAUGACACCCUCCCAUCCCCAGCUGCCCAAGACCACACAAGCCCCUCACCUCCAUGUUGUUGCCCAAAAGCUUCUGGAAGUCAGUGCUCAUGUGACGAUGAAUGACAGAGAAAGAGCCUUUAUCCAGAAGUGUCUUCAGGACUUGAGUACACCCUGACAAUGACAAGACACAGUCCGAGAGGAAUGAUGACAUUUAAGUAAAGUCAUACCCCAGAAAAAAACUUUAAUACAUUCUCCUGUUUUCUAGAUCUGAUCAAACUGAUAUGAAUAUACUAGUACUUGUGUUAACAUGUUACACAUGGUCGUGGGGCAAUCUGUAGAACUUAAUAGCUCUCAAUGGUAUUUCAUAAGGUAAUGUAGAGUAGAUUUCACAUAAGAGGAUGUUAUGUCCAGGGGUUCAAAUAAGAUAUAAAACCUCACCUGUUCAUAUGUACAUGUGAAAAUACAAAAGGUACAAGGUUAAAAUGUUCCCAUCUAAUCUCUCCAUAGAGCUUGGGUCACUGUUUGCUCUGUCUGCACACACCUGUGAUGAAGAAGUGAUGUACAUUUCCUGUGAACCGAAAGGGAAUGCUCUUGAAGGUUCUAUUUUUUUUCUUUGGUGCAUAAUAACAAAUAUAGAAAGUCACUGCAUCUGCCAAAUUUCAUUUAGUGACAAUUAGAGCUCACAAAAGGACCUUCUUCAGUGUCAGAAAUAUCCCAAACUCAACACGUUGAACAAUACUGUAGAACUGUAUAACCUCACUUUGGUCUUAUAUUGUACUUACGUCGGGUCUGUUUUGUCUCAUGUAAUCAAAUCAGUGUAGAGCCUGAGGUCUUCCUAAUAACAUUAGGUUGAACAGACGGCUAUGACCUGACAAGCAGGUUGUUUGGGUUUAUCUGCAAGCCAUUUAACAGAUUUUCUAUUCUUCUCAGGUUUCCUUGUGACUUAAACCUGGAAGAGACUGGAUUAGAGCCGUCAUAUAAUUCACCUCAGUGCUUUGCCUCUUCUGAGUUAAACGAUUUUCUCUUAACUUAC